AUGCCGUCUCUCAACAGUUGGUGGUGGCGCUUCCUCGAAAACUAUGUCUAUGCAGUGCCAGAACCUCCACCGCGAAAACGCACGAAGCCUAUCGAGGUGCUCUGCGUAGGCUUACCCAGGUCUGCGACCGAGUCUCUCCAGACCGCGCUUUUGAAGCUUGGAUACGAUCACACCUAUCACGGCUGGGACAUCGUGUACGAGACGCCAAAUAACUCAUCGAAAUGGGUUCGCUUAUGCCGAAAGAAAUGGUUCGGCUCGCUCGAUGGUAACACUACCAUUACAAAAGAAGAGUUUGACGAGGUCCUCGGACACUCUGUAGCUGUCACAGAUGCCGCUGGUUCAGUGUUUGCGGCCGAACUCAUCGCCGCAUACCCCGAUGCGAAGGUUGUCCUCAACUACCGUAGAGACUUGGAUGCGUGGCACGAGAGUGCUGUGAAGACUCUAGUGAGCGUCCAUGAGAAUUGGGCUCUAUAUAUAUUGCCUUGUCUCGGGAAGGUACCGUUCUGGGGCUGGCAUAUUUAUGAACGGUUUAUGUGGCCCGUCCUGUUUCGGGCCCUGGACGGCAACAUUGAGACAGGAAUUGCGAGGAAUGGCAAAUGGGUUUACAAGGAACACUGCAACGUGAUCCGCGGCUUCGUUCCGAAAGAAAAGCUCCUCGAAUGGACUAUCGAUGACGGGUGGGAACCUUUGUGCAAGUUCUUAGACAAGCCAGUUCCUGACGGGCCCUUUCCUCACGUCAACAAAGCUUCUGGCUGGGAGAAUCAUGAGGCAGAAGUCACUAAACGAUAUCUGAUGAGUGCCUUGUCAGGAGUCGCUGUCUUAUCUGCUGUUGGAAUUGCAACAGGCGCCAUUGUAUAUAAGACCAUGCGGUGGAUGCCUGGCACUGAUGAGAAAACGAAUCUUUGUGAUUCGAUGUUGCACCUGGCAUACAAGAUAUCUGGAAAGUGUUCUGAUGCCUCAAUUUGA